AUGUCCAACAAUUUACAACCGCCGGGCUCACCAUUGUCUCCUUUAUCGCCACCCUCCCCGUUCCAACCAGCCUAUUCAACAGACCAAAAGACGAUUUACGACGUCUUGUAUUCAGCCGACAACCCACCUGAAUUCUAUGGGUCUCGUCAGCCGGUUAAAUUGGGCGCCUGUCCUCAUAUUGUGAAAUUGAAGCAGAAGCUCAAAGAGAACGAUGGAAAUCAAGAAAACAACAUCUUUGAAAACUAUCGGUCAUUAGUUCAGUACUCCAUUCUAUGGCAUAAGAGUAGAAAAAUCAAGUAUACAAGCGAUGGAAAAAGGCGAAAGCCAUUGAAAGAACUACCUUUGCCUCAGUGCAGCACUUGCCUUGAUCCAUUAUCGCGUUUGCAUGCCUGUCUGCACUGUGUGUACAUUGGGUGCUGGCGUAAAGGGCAUUUGAAAGAUCAUCAAAAGGAGAAGAAGCAUACAUUUGCAAUGGACUUUGAUCGACAUACACUUUUCUGUGGCGAAUGCAAUGAUUAUAUUUAUGAUAUCGAGAUAGAUGAGAAGGUUGUGCGAAGUGAGAUUGUAUCAAAAUCUAGAAAAAAGAAGCAGCGAAUUCAAUAUACACUAUGGGAACCUACGAAUCAAGAUAUCAGCACCAUUGUCAAGAAUUCAGCUAUCAACUCUUGCCAAGGCAUCCGUGGGCUAUGUAACAUGGGCAAUACAUGCUUUAUGAAUGUGAUCUUGCAGAGCCUGGUGCACAAUCCACUUUUGAAGGCUUACUUUUUGAGCGAUCGACAUAAUCCCAAAAACUGUCAAAAGCAAUUUUGUAUGUGCUGUGAGAUGGAUGAUUUAUUUACGCAGUUUUACUCUGAAGACAAGAAGCCGUACGGUCCAUGUCGGUUCCUCCAAUCCAUGUGGAUGAGUUUGAAAGAACUAGCGGGAUAUGCUCAACAGGAUGCUCAUGAGUUCUUUAUCAGUGCCUUGAACAACAUUCAUGCUGGAUGCGAAGAACAAAAGCUAUCUCACUGCGAAUGUAUUAUCCACAAGACAUUUGCGGGGCUAUUGCAGUCCAAUGUAACAUGUCUCCGCUGCAGAAAUGUAACCACUACGUGUGAUCCCAUGCUGGACAUCAGUCUGGGUUUGCGACCUGUGGAGAAAAAGAAGAAGCAAGCCCCUGGAUCAGUCGCAGCCAACAACAGCAGCAGCAGCAGCAAGUUGCUAGGUGGAAACAACAGUAAUGGCAUAACGGAUAAAAAUGGACGGCGUUUCAGCGCUGACGAUGCUAUCCGAGGCAAACAAGGCAAUACACUGCUCGAUUGCUUGGAUCGAUAUACACAGCCAGAGAAGCUGGGACCCAAUGAAUACAGUUGCAGUAAAUGUGGAAACACCUUUCAAGAGGCAACAAAGCAACUCUCCAUUAAGCGUAUACCUCCAGUGCUGAGUAUUCAAUUGAAACGCUUUGAGCAUGGCACAACAUCCACGAGCAAAAUUGAAACCAAGAUCAAGUUUCCAGCCGAACUUGAUCUGACACCAUACACAAGUAGCAAAAAGAGGGAUGCGGACAAUGUCUACACACUCUUCUCCGUAGUGAAUCAUCAAGGCAAGAUGGAUACGGGACACUAUACCAUGUACGCAAAACAUAGAAACGAGUGGUUUAGAUUUGAUGAUCACAAUGUAACAGUGGCGUAUCAGAAGGAUGUGCUUGAUAGCAAGGCGUACAUGUGCUUUUACAUCAAGAAAUCACUUGAAUACGAGGCUAUUGAUCCCUUCUCCAUGUAA